AUGUUGUCGUUUUAUAUUUGCUACAUCAACUGGAAUCUUACCCAUGAAGAGUCUCCCCCACGGCAACAUAGUCCACCUAUUGUUUCCUCGCCUCCUCGAAGAAAGAAGUAUAAUUCGGAAACGUCUUCGACUGAAUUUGCCACAAAUGCUUCUUCCUCGCAACAGCAUGAAAUAGAAAGAACUUAUAUGUCAAGCGACACGUCAACAAGGUCGGGAAAGAAGAAGAAGAUGAGAACAAAGGAAUUAAUGAAGCGUCUACUAGGCAUUGUGGCUGACUUAACUUCUAAUGUAGACCGUGUAUUACAGAAAAAAGAUGAACCAGAUACAGGGUUUGGAGAGGAGGAGGACAUGGUAAAUGAAGAGGAGGAAGAAAUAUAUUACCAUGUGACUCCUAUUGUUAGGCCGCAACGAAAGAAUGGUGUUGCAUGGUAUCAGCGGACGCCGUUCACAGUGAAAAUCACCCAAACAAUGAAAAAAAAAGCAAUGGAGAGUCCUGAAAAAGAAAAUGAAGACAUUGUGAAUGAAGAGAGUAAUGAUGUUUCAAAUCAUCUCCCGUUGGACAGUCUUCAUACUGCUACAAAUGGUGUUGGAGGCUAUCCUAAAUGGAAGGAUGUGGAUAUGGUUCUAUUCCCCAUAAACAUUAUUGGUGUCCAUUGGUUUUUGGUAGUGCUACAUCUAAAUACCUGGAAAGUACACAUUUAUGAUUCAGCACAAUCUAUGAAUUUCUUCUCAAAGUACUUGACUAGUGGAGAAUUCAAAAGUUUUGGAGAUAGUAUUAUCUCAGAGCUAGAUGUCAUUGAGUAUUGGAACGAUUUCCCAUAUGGAUACAAAGACAACACAACUGUGGAGUUUGUUGAUACGAUAGAUGCGCCACAGCGGGAAUAUAUUCAAGAUAGAGGGGAUUGUGGAGUAUUCGUAUGCAUGUUUAUGGAAAUGAUUGUUUCGGGGGUACCGGUGAAGAUUGAUAAGCCAUGUAAAGAUGCGGGAUUUCUCUACAAAAAUAGGAUGACAAAUAUUAUUUGGGAUACUAUAUAA